AUGAUAUCGGUGUCAAUGAACGAAUGGUGAUGAAAAGGAGAAAAUUGAAGAAGAUGGAAGAGACUUUGGUUACUAUAUCAAAAUUUCAACUGGUUUAAAUCAGACUUGUUACAUUAUGGGGAGUCAAAAUGAAGGUACAACUACUGAAGGACUUCAGUCAGACAUAGAUUAUGUAACUUGUGAAAAUAAUUUUAAUGUUAUACAAGACUUGUCAGAGUGGGAACUUGGCAAGGAAAACUACCUCAUGAUACAUGAUGAGAACACCACCCCUGGAUAUUGUUUUAUACAACGGUUUCAAUCUGAUGAACCUUUGCCUGCCACUGAAAUUCCUGUUGAUCACCAAAAAUCUGAAAGAGGAGAAAUAUUGUGUAAAAACACAAAUAAAAAUGUAAGGAUGCGUUCUGGUAUGAAGCAGCAUGGACCAUCCAUUACUAGUACUGCACAAGGACAGUAUCAAGUUCGUGAUGUAGACAUAGUGCAUGCUUAUCCCUGUAAAUCUUGGCCUCAGUCAGCUUCAGGUUGGUUAAAGAGACAAGGUACAGGGGGAUGGCCAACAAAUGAGAUGAGAAGAUUUGCAGCCGAAACAAGGUGUUUUGUUGUUCCUGUUGGAAGUAAAGUCAGUGUUUAUCCUGAACUGGAGUGGAGAUUAUCUACAUCUCUGGCAGAGUGAUAUCUUAUGUUCAAUUUAAAUAUGACACAAGUAAGAUGCUAUGUGUUACUUAAAAUGAUUCUUAAAUCAUGCCUGAAUCCUCAGGGGAAAAUAAAUAUAUCAAGUUUUAUGAUUAAAACAGUUUUAUUCCAUUGUAUAGAAAAUACAGAAGCAAGUUUAUGGGUAGAUAACAAUUUAUUGACAUGUAUAAUAUUCUGCUUACAGGAAUUACACAGUUGUGUACAGAAUGAACAUUGUUCCCAUUUUAUAAUAUCUGAAAACUUGAUAGCAGGGCAGUUUACUUCUAAGACAAACCAUAAACUUUCAGGAAAUGUAAGUGACUUUAUUAAAAAUUAUAGACAUUUUUUGCUUCGAAUUGAUACUGAUUACCUUGGAUAUAGACUUCAAAAUAAACUGAAUAUUGCACCAUUAAAAGUGAACAGUUCUUUUCCUUCUCUACAAAUUCCUGCUGUAUUAUACAUUGAUUUUGCAUUCGCAGUAAGCAGAAGUUUCUUUCUUUUAUUACUACAAUUACAAGAUACAAACAUUGAAGAAAUGUACCAAUAUGUAGAAAAAUUAGUUUUCCAAAUGACCUGGAUUGAUUAUGGUGAGGGACACAUUGCAUUCAAGUUUCUGCAACAUUUAACCUUUACCACAUAUGGAUCUGCCCUAGCAUCAUCCAGUAUUGGCGAAAAUAAUGAAAUAUUGCCUGUAGCAUUUAAUUUUCUAUCAGAUGGUUUAAACUCAGAUGUUUCAUCUGGCAGACUGAAACUCGCAUCAGUAUUCUUCAGUAUAGGAGAGAUGGAGAAAGCUGAAGAGAUCCUGAGACAAACUGAACAAAAAUAUCACUCUCAUCCUGUUCAUCCUAUCUGUAGCUGCAUUAUAGAGAGGCCUCUGCGAUUAAAAUCUGUAGACAUUAAAAAAUAUUGUAAUGAACACAAUGAAAACUGUAUCAAACAUAUUACAGCAUUUUGGUUCCGUUUCAUACGACAGGAAAUCAAUUGCGUUCCUCAUGAAUUACAAUAUGAACUGUUCAGAUCUACACAAGAUGACAUGAUACACAGAGGUCCUUUUGACCUAUGGAUGGAAUUGGCUGUAGUUGAUUCUCUACCUUUCUUAUACUUCCUACAAUAUAAGAUAUAUAGUCAUCUACAAAGACAACAAGAAAAACAACAGGCUCUCAAUAAUCUUAUCAGAACCACAUUUACAGAGAAAAACCUUAAACAUAGAGAAACAACUCUUAAUAUUUUGGGGCAAUGUAUGGAACAAGAAAACAGACCACAGGAUGCUUUACAAUAUUACAUACGUUCUCUGCAUCAAAGGGCAAGAAACAAUGCAGCAAGCAUUCAUAUCUGCCUACUUCACAAUACUUCACAAUACACAUAUGUGAUAAGAUUUUAA